AUGCGAAUCCUGAAGCGCAUUCGUGUCACAGGGCCUGGUUAUGAUGAUUCAACACUCUGCAAUGAUACAAUAUUAUGCUUGCAUUCCGUUCAAUCUGGUGGGAAGGUCCAUGGUCGCUUGAAUUGGGGCAAAGGGAAAGAUAUUUUGAUUCCUCUCGAUUGUCGAACCAAAGUCGAAAUUCGUCCAUCGAAUUUGAAAGAUGUUUAUGAACGCGUAGAAGAGCUUUGUUCAGUGUCUCCAAAAUGCGUUCGUGUCUCACAAGGUUGUUAUUCUGAGGCAUCAGGAGAGGUUUUAGUGGAAGUCGGGGAUAAAUUGCACUUGAAAGGUGUUAACAAAAAGCAAGACACAUUAAUCUGUUUCGACCAGCAUCGUCACAAGAUCGAAUUACCGAAAGACACCGUGGCCGGUUUUCAACCUCUGACCGAUGGAAAAGAGUACUACCUAUCAGAUGUUGUAAAGAAAUUCAAGUUGCCAUUGAAUGUGCAAUUCGUCAGAGAAAUUGGUGAAGAUCGCCGCUCGCCUAACGAGUCCCCCUGCCAACCCUAUCAAGCGCUUUGUCUUGAUAGAAUCUCUAAAGAGACCGUGGUCACAGCAACAACAAUACAUGUUAAUGGGAAACAUAAUCAGAUUCAAUUAACCUGUGAUUUGAACGUAGGAUUGACUGUCAGCGAAGAGACGUUUACAGCUAGCGAAGAAUUCCCUAAUCUUUCUAAAAUCUUCAACCAAGGCAGGGAGAAAACUGAGACAAACGCCUAUGAAUACAUUGAUCCUGCUACGAUCACGAGGAGCAGGCAAUCCAGGGUUUCCAAACCGCCCCCUGACCUACCCCCCAAAAGGCCAAAAGCAACCAUCCCCGAAAAUAUCGAGGGUAAGACCAUAGUCGAAGCAACGGUCGAAGCUGAACCGAAUUCUAUUUAUCAGACGAUGGAAGAACGACAAGACAGCGAAUGCCAGAAAGAAUUACCAUAUACAGAACUUGGUCCAAGAUACGCCUCCAACCAUAAAUACGGAGAACUUAUCGUCCAACAACCAACUCCAAGCACAAAAGAUCAGCCUGAAAACCCCGCCAAACCAAAAUCACCCGAAGGUGCAAUCGCCCUGCCAAUUUUAUGGAAAUAUUUGUCUUUGCCACCGAGAAAUAAAAGAUCUGAAAACAAGACAGAUCUUUCUCGAAAAGCGCGCAGUUUGCCCCCAACUCCUAACACGCAAUCUCAAAAUGAGUAUAGUAUACCAGGUGAAUGUCCCACCAUUAGCUCACCAAAUUCUCCGCCUCCAUUCCCUCCUAAAACCUCCUAGC